CCUCUUUCCGCCUAUCUCUCCACUCCUGGCUGAACGGCAGAGAAAGAGACGCGGAGGAAGACUCUACCUUUGUUUUCUCUAGAUAGAUCUCUCCACAGUUUCCAGAAAGAGAGAGAGAGGUGGCGGCAGCAAUGGCGGCGAAGAGGAUCUCUGCUGCGCUUCUCCUACUCAUAACUUUUAUGGCGUCCCUGCUUGCCUCGCCGGCGGUCGCCAGCAAGGAGAUGCCGCUGGUUGGAUGGAUCCCGGGACGAUCUGCCUGCAGUGGCACGAUUGGUGAGUGCCUGGAAGCCAAUGAGUUCGAUCUUGGCUCCGAAUCUAGCCGUCGGAUCCUGGCGACCUCGAGCUACAUCAGCUACAGCUCUCUCAGACGUGGCUCCGUCCCCUGCUCCCGCCGCGGCGCUUCCUACUACAAUUGCCGCCCCGGCGCCCAGGCGAAUCCCUACUCCCGAGGCUGCUCCAGAAUCACCCAAUGCCGAGGCUAGGGUUUCCUUCUUCUUCUCGCCUCUUUUCUUUCUCUGAUGCUUUUUUUGUUUGAAGGAGGCUGACUGAGAUGUGAAUGAUGAGUGAUGCUAUGGUUGUUGAUUGGUUUGUUCUCGAUGGGGGCUAUAUGAUAUUUCCUAUUUGUUGUUAAGCUGUUCUUUUCAUCGUUGCUGUUGCUGUUGCUGUUGUAAAUCUUAGUUAUAAGCUCUAUUUAUUAUAUUAAAUUAUGAUUGACAUUUCAUGUAAUUUGAGUGAUUAAUCUAAUUUCUUUCUCUUUAUUUA